GCUUCAUUUGCUUAAAUGCGCUUUAGAUUCCACACCAUUCCAGCCACCUGUGAACACAGCUGAACAAUGCCAUUUAUAGACAUUUUGGUUAAAUAGUAAGGAUCGGUUGAUGGCUCUGGCUUGAUAAGACUCUUGAACAUCAUUUGUUGGUUACGAUGCAGUCACUGCAGUGACGUGUUGCAGAACGACACAGUGCUGGAGCGAGAGGGAACCCAGCAGGUUCAUUGGGCCAAAUAUAGCCCUUAUCAGCCACCGCAGGAUGAGUGCGCAGUUCAGCACGGCGAGCAGCGAGCAUAUCGCCGGCGAAUCCAAGCAGCAACUGUUCACUGCGGAAGAUGAGCGAGGAAGCCACAGAAACCACCAGCUGCGAGCAGGCCAUUGACAAAAAGAGCCAUUUGUGGAGGUGACCCCAGCUCACCCGCUCACUGCUUAUCAAACGCCCCGUCAUGGUGGUCCGAAAGAAGGAAGUCCUCGAGCUCGAGUGAAGAGGGACACAAACAUGGGGAGGAGGAAGUUUAGUGUGCGGUGAGGUCGAGAGAAGGAUGGAUGGAAGAAAGACAGCGGUGACGGUGGUUUUCCUGCUCUGCGUCUUCACAGGGAAACCAGCAGGGGGCCAGAGUGUGCUGGACGUGUGUGCCAGCUGCCACCUGAACGCCACAUGCGACGACAAGGCGGACGGCUCCGGGAAAGUCUGCAACUGCAAGUACGGCUUUGUCGGAAACGGAAGGACCUUCUGUCAAGAUAAAGACGAGUGUCAGAUAGGAGCCAGUAAAAUCUGCGGGCAGCACACCACCUGCCACAACACGCAUGGCAGCUACUACUGCACCUGCCUGGCCGGCUACAGCCCCUCCAACAGCAUGGCCAUCUUCAUCCCCAACGACGGGACGCACUGCCGGGGUGCGUCUGAAGACCGUCCGUCCAGUGUCACACUGAGCCGCUCCUGUCAGGUUUUUGCUUUAGACGUGGAUGAGUGCAGGGUCAGCGGAGUGUGUGGAGAAGGGGCCCGCUGCAGGAAUCUGGACGGCAGUUUCGACUGCAGCUGCCAGGUUGGAUAUCGGGUCCACGAUGGAGUCGAGCCCUUCCACCCGGCGAGAGACAACGCUUCCUGCAAAGUGGUGGACUGCGGCCAGCCGGUCCCCGUGGAGGACGCCGUGCUGCAGGCGCUCAACGGAACCACGUUUGGCGGCGAGGCCUGGUUUGUGUGUGACGACGGCUUCGUGUGGAGGAGAGGGGACAACCGCUCUGUGUGUGGAGCCGAUGGACUGUGGACGCGACCCACCAUGGUCUGUGAAGAGGUUGACUGUGGCUCUCCCCCCGCCCUCCCCCACUCUCACCUGCUGUGGAAUAAGAGCUCCAGGAUGGGAGCCCAGGCGCUUUACCAGUGCGGCACUGGGUACCGUCAUGUCGGCGGGGGCAAUGUGUCGGUGUGUACUGCAGCCGGGCGGUGGGAGGGGCCGUCCGCGCUCUGUCAAGAGAUCUUGUGUGGGAAUCCUCCUCUAAUCAGAUCCACUGAGCAGGUGUGGGACGGCGACUCCGUCCCCGGCAGCUCAGUGCUCUAUGUCUGUAAGGCGGGCUUUAAUAACGCAGGAGGGACUAACACAUCUGUCUGUGGCGGCAACGGUCAGUGGACGCUCCCCACGCUGUCAUGCCAAGAGGUGUCAUGUGGAGCUCCUCCCGUUCUGCCCCACGCCGGGCAGCAGUGGGACGGCCGCUCCACCCCUGGAAGCACGCUGACGUACUCCUGUCAGGCAGGCUUUUAUCACAGUGAGGGAAGCAAUGUGUCAGUGUGCACGGUGCACGGUAACUGGACCAAGUCAGACCUCUCCUGCAAAGAAGUGGACUGCGGGGAGCCUUCGCCCGUCCCUAACUCGGUCAUGCUGUGGGAUAAAUCCUCCAGCGUGGGCUCAGAGGUGGUGUAUCAGUGUGUCCCUGGAUAUCUGAGUGUUGGAGAGGGGAAUGUUUCGGUUUGUACGGCGGGUGGACAAUGGGAGGGAGCCUCACUGCUGUGUCAAGAAAUCAGCUGCGGCCCCCCAGUAACGCUCCCAAACACUAACCUGCGGUGGGAUGGCAGCAGCUCGCCGGGAAGCGCUGCGCAGUAUGAGUGUGUGGAUGGCUUUUACCAGGAGAGAGGAACUAACAUUUCAACCUGUUCACUGUCAGGAGAGUGGGGGGAAGUGUCUGUGCAGUGCAAAGCUGAGUGUGGCCCGUUUCCCGUCCUGGCUCACUCGGAGGUGCUGUGGCACAACAGAAGCGUGGCGGUCCACGGCUGUGUGGACGGCUACUACCGCUGGGGGGGCAGUGACGUUUCCGAGUGCGGCAGCUCUGGGGUGUGGCAGGAAGCCACUCUGACAUGCAAAGCUGAGUGUGGCCCGUUUCCCGUCCUGGCUCACUCGGAGGUGCUGUGGCACAACAGAAGCGUGGCGGUCCACGGCUGUGUGGAGGGCUACUACCGCUGGGGGGGCAGUGACGUCUCCGAGUGUCUCGGCUCUGGGCGGUGGCGGGAAGCCACUCUGACAUGCAAAGCUGAAUGUGGUCCGAUCCCCAUCCUGGCUCACUCAGAGGUGUUAUGGCACAACAGGAGCGUGGUGGUUCACCGCUGUGUGGAGGGAUACCACAGCUGGAGGGGCAGCAACGUCUCGGAGUGUGGCAGCUCUGGACAGUGGGUGGAAGCAACACUCAAAUGCAUAGAGACAAAGCCACCUAUAACUCAUUUAUCGGUCUUUAAUGAAAACUGUCUGCGAUGGAAUGCAGAAAAGUACGAGGAGGAUACAGAGACGUACAAGGUCAUUUACACCGGGUCCAGAGACUACCAGAGAUCGUUUCAUGAUAAGAGGAAGCGGUAUGUGAGCUCGAGGGCCGGCCAGCUGGAGCUCUGCCUCGACCUCCUUCCAGUGACAAACUACAGCGUCUCCGUCACUGCAGCCUCCACCGGAUUCACGGCCUCCGUCGCCGCCAGCACCGGUCUCCCAGAACCGCCGCCGCCCGUCGUCCACUACGGGGAGUUUGAGAAUCCUCUGCCGACUCUGAGGCUCCGCAGAUCGUCCAGCACUCUGGACCCGUUAAGUGUGUACCAGGUGUUUGUGAUUCCUGUGGAAGGGAUUGUGGCGUUCGACUGCUCCUCUCCCGCGACCUCCGACCCCUCGGAGUACGUCGCUGCGCAGCUCGACCUGCGACACGUUGGCACAGAGAUGAAUUUCACCGUGGGGGACGGACGCCUCUACGGAGGCUUCCACAACGCCCCACUGGAGAGCGGCACGAGCUACUACAUCAUCCUGCGAGCUGUGUGUCAGUGGAAAACGGAGAUGAAAAGCUCCUGUGUUCUGUGGGCCAAAGUGAGAGGUACUUCAUACAUUCUGAGGGUUUCCUCGCUGUGCGGUGCUGUGUUUGUGGCGCUGGCCACCCUGAGCGUGCUGGGAGGAUACGGCUUCAUCUGGUGUUUCAAGAAGACAUGAUGGGAAAAAAAUCUUCUUUUAAUUUGACAGGGCGUUCUGUAAAGAAUCAAAACGUGUUAUUAAAGGGCAACUUCGGUUUUUUGACAUCUGGACCUUAUUUCUAGGUGUGUCAUGCUCAUAUACUCACUCAGACAAACAUCAUGCAGCUCUGAGUCCCUCAGAAGUUAUUUAGAUCCAACCGAUG